AACAUAAAAAAUAAAAUUAAAGCUUCAUAGUUUGGAAAAAUCAGAGCACAAAAGACCAAAUAUAUAUAUAUAUAUAUUAAAAAAUAAGAAAUAAAAACUCGUAAAAUGAAUAAAUAAUUUUGUUUGACACCCUUUCAAAGAAUCAACAAAGAAUGUGGGGCUACACAGAAUUGUAAAUAUAGGGUGCAGAAAAGGGUUGUGAACAACUGGUUUAGAAGAUUUUAGCUGGUCAAGCCACCAUUAAAUCAAAAGGGUAAAGCUGUCUCCUAGAUAUUAUAUGCAAAUGUGUGGACAAAGCAAAUAAAUAAAAACAGAUUAGGUUGUUGCUGAUGGGACCCUGAGGCCAGUUUGGUUGCAUCUAAUGUGAGAAAUCUAUGCUCGGCCAUUACAGCGCUAUUUAGACAGUUUAUCGAUCAUUCACCGAAUAAAGGGGUCAAUGACAUUAAAAUAUCCAACACCCAGUGCUCUGCACAUCUGCAAAACACCACAUGACCGAUCACAGAAAGGAAGGAAAAAAGAGGCGUUUGUUUUCCUCACGGAGACAGUCCGCCGGUGAACGGCGCUUCCCCUCACUCACUGCCUUCUCAUUCGCCGGGCUGAGAGGAAACCCAAGCAGCCUGAAACGAGGAGCAGCAGCGAGACGACCAGGAGGAGCGGAGCAUCAACAUGGACCCGACGCUGCUAUGGCUCGCCUGGGCUCUCGUGGUUUUCCACGCGGCUCCUGUCCAGAGCCUGAACGGCGACGAGGACCAGAGCCAGGACACCGACUGCAAGAUGAAGAGCGUCACCGUGUCGGCGCUGCCGUUUCUGAGGGAGAACGACCUGAGCAUCAUGCACAGUCCGUCGGCCUCCGAGCCCAAGCUGCUGUUCUCGGUGAGGAACGACUUUCCCGGGGACGUGGUGGUCGUGGACGACCUGGAAAACACCGAGCUGCCAUUUUUCGUGCUGGAGAUCUCUGGGAACUCAGAAGACAUCCCUCUUGUGCGCUGGCGUCAGCAGUGGCUGGAGAACGGCACUCUGCUCUUCCACAUCCACCAUCAGGACGGCAGCCUAAGCCUGCCAGAGCCCACCGAAGACCCAGCCAAUGACUCCACUAAAGAAGAGCUGCGCAUUCUGCACAUCUCUGUGAUGGGCGGAAUGAUCGCCCUUCUGCUGUCGGUCCUGUGCCUCGUCCUGAUCCUGUAUACUCGCAGGCGCUGGUGUAAACGCCGCCGCAUCCCUCAGCCUCAGAAGAGUGCCAGCGCAGAGGCAGCCAAUGAGAUCCACUAUAUCCCGUCGGUGCUGAUGGGAGGUCAGGCCCGUGAAAGCUUGAGGAACUCUCGGGGUCAGGGGCCGAACUCCAGUGGCACCCUAAGUAUCCGAGAGACACCGAUAUUGGACGGGUAUGAAUACGACAUCACCGACCUGCGCCACCAUCUGCAACGGGAGUGUAUGAACGGUGGAGAGGAGUUUGCCAGCCAGGUCACACGCACCCUGGACUCCCUACAGGGCUGUAACGACAAGAAUAAUAUGGACCUUACUCCAGUGACUGACAACACCAAACUGGCCCUGAUGAACAAAUACAAGGACAACAUCAUCGCCACGAGCCCCAUCGACAGCAACCACCAGCAGAACACGCUGCUUCCACACAACACCUCCACCAGCCAGCGCAAACGCCUCUCCAGCAACACCCGUGCGGGUUCAACUUUCUUGAACCCAGAUGGGGACUCUGGGACGGAGGCAGACAGCGAGCCUCAGCUGGCCUUUUACACCGAUCCAAACCGCAGUCGGCGCCGGAGUCGAGGUAUGAGAAAUGGUAACGCCAACAGCGCUUGGGGCUCUGGGGCAGGUUCCCCACGGAGUCCCAUCAAUAAGACCACCUUGACUCUGAUCAGCGUCAUUAGCUGCGUGACCGGCCUGGUUUACUCAUCACACCUGUCCUGCAAUCUCUCCGUUCGAGUAAUUCUUCAUGUGCCGGAGCACCUCAUCGCCGAUGGGUCCAGGUUCAUUUUGCUGCAAGGCAGUCAGUUGGAUGCUUCAGACUGGCUCAACCCGGCCCAGAUCUUGUUGUAUUACCAGCAGAAUGCUAGCGGACCUUGGGUUAACGAGUUGUGUGGACGUCGCCUGCUUGAUCCCUGUGAGCACCAGUGUGAGCCAGAGACAGGGGAAUGCCUGUGUCUAGACGGUUACAUGAAGGAUCCAGUCCACAAGCAUCUUUGCAUCCGCAGUGAGUGGGGACCUAAUCAGGGUCCCUGGCCUUACACCAUCUUCCAACGUGGUUUUGAUCUUGUAAUGGGAGAGCAACCGUCUGAUCGCAUUUUCAGAUUCACGUACACUCUCGGGGAAGGAAUGUGGCUCCCGUUGAGCAAAAGCUUCGUCAUCCCCCCAGCUGAGCUCGCCAUCAACCCAUCAGCCAAAUGCAAAACGGAUAUGACAGUGAUGGAGGACGCGGUAGACGUAAGAGAAGAGUUGAUGAUCAGUUCCUCUUUUGACUCUUUGGAAGUCCUCCUGGACUCGUUUGGACCUGUCAGAGACUGCUCCAAAGACAACGGAGGCUGCAGCCGCAACUUCCGCUGCAUAUCCGACCGAAAGCUGGAUUCCACUGGAUGUGUGUGCCCUCCAGGGCUGAGCCCGAUGAAGGAUGGGACCGGGUGCUAUGACCACCACAUCGGCAUCGACUGCUCGGAUGGCUUUAACGGCGGAUGUGAGCAGCUGUGUCUCCAACAGCUGGCCCCUCUAGAGGAUGACCCGACGCUCUACAACAUCCAGAUGUUCUGCGGGUGCAUCGAGGACUACAAGCGCGGCCCUGAUGGGAGGUCGUGCCUGCCGCUGUCUGAAGCCUGCACUGAGGGGAUAGACUGUGGCGAAGCAGCAGACAUCCCGGCUAACCAGACUGUCUUUGGGGACCUUUUCUACGGAUACAACAACCACACCAGAGAGAGCACCCCUGGACAGAUCCUAAAGGCCACUUUCAGGCAGAAGAACUUUGCCAGAGGCAUCGAGCAGCAGCUCCCAGAUGGCAUGGUGGUAGCAUCAGUGCCAACAGAGGUUCAGUGCCACGAGGAGCUGUCAGACCCUGUGCCUGACCCCGAGUACCUCACAGGCAUGGUGAACUACAGUGAAGUGUCUGGCUAUCCCCUCGUUCAGCACUGGAAUCUCCGUUCUGUCUUGUACCACGUCAAGCUCAAUCAGUGGGUCUUGUCUCAAGCUUUCAGCUCAGCCAUCCAUUCUCUAGAUGGGGCAACGCAACGGAGCGACUUUGUUGCUAUACUCAAGGAGUUUGGGAACCAUUACGUGCAGGAGGCAGUCUAUGGCUUCCAGGAGUCCUGUACCAUCUGGUACCCCAACAAGCAGGUCCAGAGGCAGCUUUGGCUGGAGUACCAGGACAUUAGCAAAGGUAACUCGCCUUCAGAGGAGUCGGAGGAGCGGGACAAAGAGCCCAGGACUCUGACCUACCCCGCCUACAUCGCCAGUCUGCUGGAUACCGGCGCUAAGCGUAUGACCGCUGGCGUCCGAAUGGACUGCAACAGCCAGGGUCAGUGCCCCCGCUCCUGCCACCUCUGCCACAUGAGUCCAAGAGCGGCGCAGGGCCGGCAGCAGUCCGAACCCGUCCUCCUGAAAAUCACCAAGGCUGCUCCCAUCUAUGAGCUGGUGUCCAACAAUGAGACCUAUCAGGCUCUUCAGGAGGCGACGAUGAGCAUGCUGUGGUGCUCGGGCAAAGGCGAUGUUAUUGACGACUGGUGUCGAUGUGAUUCCAGCGCCUUCGGCACGGACGGGCUGCCCACGUGUGCCCCGCUUCCUCAGCCUGUCUUGAAGCUGUCUUACACCUACGAGCCCAGCAGCUCAUUGGUCAUCAUGGAGUGGAAUCACACCGAGCCACCAAUCGGAGUGCGGAUAGUCGAUUACCUCAUCAGCCAGGAGAAGGUGACAGAGAGGAGCGACCACUCCAAAGUUGAGACAGAAACCCUUCUGAGCUUCGUGGACGACAUCUUGUCUGGCGCCAGGUCUCCGUGCGUGAUGUUGGGGGACGUUCCCAACCUGCUUUCCUCGUCCAUCAGUAUGAUCAUUCGCUGUUUGGAGCCUGACGCCACAUACAUGUUCCGUCUGUGGGCUGUAGACAAUACGGGACGCCGCUCCAGUCCAAGUGAGGUCACCAUCAAAACUCCGUGUCCAACUGUGGAUGAUGUCAAAGCACAAGAAAUUGCAGACAAGAUUUACAACUUGUUCAACGGCUACACCAGUGGGAAGGAGCAGCAGACAGCUUACAACACUCUGAUGGAUUUGGGGGCGCCCACCCUCCACCGCGUACUUUACCACUACAACCAACGCUACGAGAGCUUUGGGGAGUUCACCUGGAGAUGUGAGGACGAGCUGGGACCAAGGAAAGCUGGACUGAUUCUCUCCCAGCUCGAUGAGCUGUCGCCGUGGUGUAAAGGCCUCCUGCAGGAGCCCAAGAUAGGCCUUCGCAGGAUGUCGCUGAAGUUCCUCUCGUGCCGUUACACUGACACUAAAGCCUUCGGGCUCCAUUGGUCCGACAUGGGCCAGGACAUUCACAAGGCCUGCGACGAGCAGACGCUGACAGUCAUGUAUAAUGACUACGGCGAGGCCAGGGAGCUCUAAAGGUCUGAUUUUUUUUUUUUUUUUGAGGGGAUUUGCACAAAGAGAUUUCAUAAACAUAAAAAAUGUCAUUUUCAUACAUUUAUGAGUGGUGGACUUGGGGAAAAUUUCACCCCCAUUAUUUGAAAUGCUGUUUACUCUGUUUACCUUAACUUCUGAACUAAUGUAUUAUUAUUAUUAUUACUAUUAGACUUAACAUUUACAGUGUUAUCUAUGUCUUUUGGGUCUGGUUGUUCCAGAAGUUAAAAAAAUAGUUGAGCAACGUGAAGUUAUGACACUAAAGUGUCUUUUUCCUGCCGUAGUUCAUUCCUUAUGUGCAAUACUGAGUGGAAAUCCGUCCCAGCCUUUUAACUGCAGAAAGUCAAAGUUGUCUCUGCGUGGUGAUUUGUGUACGACUAUAAUGUAAUGAGAUAUAUUUCCCUUCAUACACACCAGCACUGCUGGGAGUCAUCAUUUAUGAAGGAGCUUCACACAGCCCUGGUUUGUCCAAGAUCUGACGAUUUGUGUGAAAUAUUGUGAGACGGGAACAGAUUGUCCCGAAUGGAUCAACCCUGUUGUGUCUCUAACAAGUAGGAAGUGGACGGGUUUGAGCACUUUGAGAGCACAACUCCAACCGGAACGCUGCAUCUGUCGAGAUUGAUCACAUUUCAAGAGGAGCUCACGGCAAGAAGCAUUAAGGCAAAAAAAAAAAAAAAAAAAAAAAUUACCCCUGCUGUCUUUGGAUUAUUCUAUGUUUGAUUAAGACAUGACAAAAAAAAGCUUUAUUUUAUUUUGUUAUUUAAAUCUCCAAAAAAGGUUAGAAAAAAAUGUUCUUAUCUAGCAUGAAUUUUACCCAGAAAUGCUUUCAUUUAGCCAAACAUAAAAAGUAGAUUUGCUAUUUCCAGCAAACCUGAAAACUGGUGCCUGUUUGACUUCAAGUGAAGAAAAGUCAGUCAUAUUUUGCUGAUGUUGAAAGCUGGUAGCUGGCCAACUAAACAAAGUCAUGCUAGCUGCAGCGCGCCAGCCUUAGUUCCUAAUGACGUUUGGAGCAUGAUAAUGUUUAUAUCAGAUGAGCACUUUGUUUUCUCAUCACGAUGCAUCAUUUUGCUGUGAAUACCUACGUUCUGUUUUCGCUUUAGUGAGUAAGAACAAACAAGCUGCUGUUCUUCUGUCUUCUACAAAGAGAAAUAAAAGCAGUCCAGUAAAAACACAGAGAUCACUAUGACAGAUUCUCGUUUUCCAGAUUGACACUAGUAAGCAGAUCAAAGGUCAAAGUUCCGCACAAAAAGCUGCUUACUGGAGUUUACUUUAUUAUAAAGACUAGAAAACGUUCCUACAGCUUCCUGAAAGGGACAUAGAAGUUAAACAAGUUUAUACCGGUUUCUUGUGCGCAUGAGAAAGUAUAUAGUGGACAUGAGAAUCUAACUGGUGCACACAAGAGACUAACUUGUCUACAAGAAAGUAUCUGGUGCACACACGCAAGUCUCAGGUGCGCAUAAGAAACUAACAGGUGCACACAAGAAAGUGUGUGGUGAAUACGAGAAAGUAUCUGGAGAGCACAAGAAACUAUCUGGUGCACAUAAGAAAGUAUCUGGUGAACACGAGAAAGUAUCUGGCGAACACAAUAACGCAUUUGGUGAACACGAGAAACUAUCUGGUGCGCAUAAGAAACUAUCUGGUGUGCAUAAGAAACUAUCUAGUGCCCAUAAGAAACCAUCUAGUGUGCAUUAGAAACUAUCUAGUGUGCAUAAGAAACUAUCUAGUGUGCAUAAGAAACUAUCUGGUGCGCAUAAGAAACUAUCUGGUGAACACGAGAAACAAAGUGGUCAUUUGCUCACACGAGACCUUUUUUUAGAAUCUGUUACCUGACAGUGACUCUACGUGAACAUAUUGAGCUUUAGUUUGUCUUUGGACUUGCCUUUAAAGACAUUGCAACUUUGCUGCUCCAACAUCACCGCGAUGUUAUCUCUAAAUUUCCCCUAAAACGAGUUCUAAAGUCUGUGGUUUGUUUCGGACCAUGGAGUACACCAUCUUUGAUCAGUUGAUGCGGAACACAUGAGUAUUGUGCGCACGAGAAACUAGAAUUUUUUUUUUUAUUUCCAUGUGCCUUUAGGGGCUCCAUAAAUUCCUGUACAUAGCAUUAAUAUAAGAUUUUAACAGAUAUAACCUGCUGAAUGUAGUGUGGAUAGCUUAGACAUGAUGUAGUUGUAAACAUUUGUAUUAAAAACAAAUAUCCUAGGUACAAAGGUUGAGUUAUACCUUUUGGAGAGGAUAUUCCUGAACGCUUAUGUCUUUUUUAAGCAGAAAAAAUAAGAAUUUAUUCUAGAAAUGCAACUAACUGUUUUUAUUUGUGUUUAAUCUCAAACAUUUUACCCCAAAAAACUGCACAGUGAGCAUUCCUUUGCUUCUCUUUAACUCAGCCGUGUUCAUUUGUUUGUGCAGUGGCCACGUCGAAGGUAAAUGUCAAUAAAAAUGCAGAAGUACUUGGAAGUUUUUUUAGUUGAUUUGAAGUAACAAUCCCAAAUGUGAAUAAUAAUAAAGUGAAUGCUUGUAGAUUUUUGUAUGAGCAGCAAAUCAGAACAUAAACGCGUUAUAUUAGUGUUUUAUUAUCCUGUAAAUAAAUACAUAACUUGUGAUAUUUUGCAACAUCUGCCUGUGCUACGUCAGACACUGUAAAAUAUUGUAAUAAUCUUACUGCUGAAGUGGCGUGCCGUACGUUUAUGAAAGGUAACAGACGGAUAUUUGAUUUGAUCUUGAACUCCAAAUGAAGUUCAGCAAAACCAACAAAAGCAGAUUCUUUGGAGGGAAACAUUUGAAAGCAAGCUUCUUCUAUCUGCAUGAUAUUUACUGUGUGAUAUUUGUGGCAUUACUAAACCUUUUUCACUUUGCUACAAUUUCAAUGACACGAACUUGAUGGUUUGGACCGAUUUCAGAGUCUCCAGAGGUUUUUAACUUCUUUGUGCUCUUUAUUUGCUUCUUGAAUGACUUCAUUUCUGCUGACAUUGUUGUUUUAGUGUCGUUUCCCUACGAAAAUGUAAGGAGUGAAGUGACUGACCCUUGUGAACGGUCUGCACUGCUGUCCACCUUCAGAAAUGCUUAAUAAAAGUGAACAAAUCUGCAA